AUGACGCGACCAGAGGGAACAAAUACAAGUGAAGGUGAAGAUAUGGAGGAUGAUUGGUUUGAUGACUCAGAUGUGGACUUUGACGAAGUUUUUUCGACAGCAGCUGAGGCCAAAAAGGUGCAAACAGAGUCUAAGACAACAUCGCAAUAUAGUGAAGGAGAUAAAGAAGACGGGGGACGAACUAUAAUCGAAGAUGCGACUGUGUCUCCUGUCUCUAGGAGAGAAAUCGAUAAUGCCGGCAAAGUACUUGAAGGGAGCAAUGAUAACAUCAACAAGGGCACUAAACCAGAUGAAAAUGAAAAUUCUGCUGACGGAAACGAGGAUAUACUGACAUUGAAGGGGGAGAACUCGAUUUUGCGGGCAAAACUUGAGCAGAUUACUAAAAAACAGGAAGAAGAGCAGAAACAGUUGACAGAUCGAUUGAGAGCUAGAAUGAAAGAGAAAGAGUCCAAAAUCGAAGCCCUUAAUGAUAAUAUCGUGAAGAUAAAAGAGGAAAAUGAGUUUCUCAUGUCUGAGAAUAAAACACUUACUGGAAAGUACAUCAUGGGGAAGAAUAAAAGACGAAAAUUUGGCAAUCCAGGAUCAGAGGCAGGCUUAUCACAGUAUAAAAGAGGUGUGACCAACUAUACUUCGUCUGAAACGGCUACUCCAUCCCAGAAUAGGUACGAAAUGUCCGAAAAAGCAGCUGGCGAAAGCCAGAAUGUGCAGAAAGUGGCAAUUUUAAACCAGGCAACUGUUUUCCAAGAUGAAAAGAUGCUCUUUAUCGAGUCAAUGGUAACAAACACAAUUCCCGGAAUGGAGAAAACCAUCCUUGACUACCUUUCAAAAAUUUCAUCUAGCUUUGGAUACUGCCAUAAGGGAUUCGAGGUGGGUAGACCAGGGGAAAGCAUAAAGACUGCGAUAAUCAAUUAUUUGAUUUCCUUUGAGAGCAGAAAUAGAAUCGACCUACUCAUUUCGUCAUUUGUGGAAAUACUACUAGAUUACAUCAUGUGCUCUUUAAACAAAGAAAACGGAAACAGCAAAGAAAGCCACACUGCUGGUGGGAAAUCAAUGCCUUGGUCUCAGGAUGACAGAAUGCUUCCUAUUCCAUAUUUGUUGGCCUUGGUUUACUUCUCUUUGAACUAUCGACCAAGGGCGGUCAGUAGUCAGUUAAUAGGUGAUGCAACAACAACUAUAUGUCGCAUUCUUGACAUGUACCCCCAGAUAUUGAAGCAGGAGACGUUCUACCUAUUACCAGACGAAAAGGAGAAGUUUUCUGGUGGAAAAACGAUGCAUGCCAAGAUUCUUGAACUUUUCACCGUUAUAUUUUCCAUGGACAUUCUCGAGUCACUUUCCAAACUGGCAGCAUUUUCAGACGGGAUGGAAGGACCAAAGGACACAAUAAUAGAAGGGGAUUCUUCGCAAGUGCAGGGGGCAUUAUCACUUUUUUGGUCGAUUACCCCCCAGGAACUUAUUAUAUAUUCAUUGCUUUCUUCAAAGACACCAGCAAUAUUUGUUCAUGAUGCAGUUGAGAUGCUCAUAAGCUCAAUAACCGAGGAGUCCUUUGGCUUUGAAAACGUGACCAUAAAGGUAAGCCCAUCAAUUCAUUCGAGAAGACUUUUAACUCCAGAAGAAACUACACAGCAGAUCCUCUCGAAUGCGAUAAUAUUAUUGGAUCAAAGCGAGCUCGAUCCGGAGAUAAGUAUUGCUGUUUGUGGCCUGAGCCGAACAAUUGGCGAUAACUCUUCAAUAAAGCUUUUGGAUAUUUUGUCGCCGACUCAAGGAUUGGCCCCAAACCCGGUUACACAUUCUAUGGAAACUUACGAGAAGAUAUUGGCACUUUCCAAGGAUAGUCAAAAUAUAGCUGAAAGUACGCUACUUUUGCUAAAGGUGAAGCUGAAAAUUUUACAGAUGUUCGAGUUGUAUCUCUCUUACGAGCACGAGGGAAGUAUUAGGCCCGAUAUAGUUGUGAACCUAAUCGUGGCAUGCGUUUCCAUACUUGGAAAACAGCAGGAAUGCAUUCUGAGAAGUCCAAGAGCUACAAACGUUGAAUUAAGUAAUCGUCUCAUCGAGAUAAAUGUGAGGCUUAUUCACUUCCUAGUGACCUCACCCGAUUAUGCGAAGACAAUUCAGAAACUCCCGCAGCUCACUCUUAGGGAGAUGGUGAUUGCACUAUUGCGGAUUUCCGCGGACAGUUUGAAGGGUGCGUCAAUUGACUUUGUAACAAAACUUCGGAUGAAAGACAAGUUCAGGUUUCACAUAUUUAACGAGAACUUGGAAACAAAGCUAAUGGAUAGAUUCGGAAUUUUAGAGGAUGUCGGAAAUCGACAGGAUGAUGAAUUCUAUACAGAGAGAGCUCAAAUAGAAGUUGGUGACAGUAAUGGAUUGGAAUUGAACUACACGGAUGAAACGAUAGAUCUUGCACGUGACAUUCUUGGUCAGUGCCUCACAUGCGAUGAGGCCGAUAUGCUUCAUUACAGCAUCAAUUAUGUCUCAACCCCACCUGCUAGUGAUGAAGAUGAAGACAUAGAAAUGACCUGA